GUCCAGUGUUAAACAAACAUGGCCAGUCCAAAACUUCCCAGCAGAAGCCUGAACUGUAUUAUCUGAUUCUCUGCUGAAACUAUCAUGUAUAGUGUUGUUCUGACUGUCCUUAGCUUGCUUCCACUGGGCAGGAGUGUGGAUCUAACAGGCCUGUAUGGCACCUUCACCUCCCCUAACUUCCCUGACAACUAUCCCAACAACCAUCUCACGGUCUGGAACAUGAGCGCUCCAGAGGGCCACAGGAUCAAGCUCUACUUUUCAGCUUUUAGCCUGGAACCCUCUUACCUGUGUGAAUAUGACUAUGUUCAGGUCUUUUCAGAAGGCAGUGAGCCUGUCCGCUUUUGCGGGGAGGAGGAGAAAGACUACGAUGACGCACCAAAGAACACAGCACUAUACUCAGCUAAGAACACCAUGUCAGUUGUGUUUAGAUCCGACUUCUCAAAUGAGGCAGAAUACACUGGCUUCCAGGCUAUUUACACCACAGAAGAUAUCGAUGAGUGCUUGAACACUGCGGAGGAUGGAGAGCCAGUGUGUGAUCAUUACUGCCACAAUUAUGUUGGUGGCUAUUUCUGCUCUUGCAGAAUGGGAUACCAACUCCAUCCAAACAAAAGAGCCUGCAAUGUGCAGUGUGCUGGCCAGUUACUGUCCCAGAGGUCAGGGGAGUUCACCAGCCCAGACUUCCCGAGCUUCUAUCCCAAGCUCAGCCAGUGCGACUACACCAUACACCUGCCUGAAGGCUUCGUCCUCAUCCUGGACUUCCAGGAUCCUUUUGACGUGGAGACACACCCAGAGGUUCCGUGUCCAUAUGACACCCUAAAGAUCACAGCAGGUUCACGGGAGUAUGGCCCAUUUUGUGGAACCACAAGUCCUGGUAGGAUAGAGACCCAUAGUCAUGAAGUGCGUGUGAUAUUCAAGACAGAUGAUUCAGGAAGAAACAGGGGCUGGAAGAUCAAAUACACUAGUAAAGCCAUGCCAUGUCCAAACCCAGUGAUUCCUGCGCGUGCUCGCAUUGAGCCUCAGCAGUCUCAGUACAUCUUCACAGAUACGUUCACCCUGCAGUGUGAAACUGGCUAUGAAAUAAAACUGGGUACAGAAUACUUGGAAUCAUACCACGCAGAGUGCCGAAAAGAUGGCACUUGGAAUGCUGAAAUGCCCAUCUGCACACCUGUUGACUGUGGAAAUCCUAAUGAAAUUCUAAAUGGUGUUGGUGCUUACACCCAAACCACCUACAAGUCUGUGGCUAAGUACAUAUGUGACGCACCAUUCUAUAUAACAAAAACUGGAAUGAAUGAAAUCUUCACGUGUGAUCACAAUGGUAUCUGGAGAGACUCAUCUGGUGGCAACCAACCUCCUAAGUGUAUACCUAUCUGUGGAAAGCCAACUCACGUGGCCCUGGGGAAAAUUAUUGGGGGCCGGACGGUGGAGAAGAAGGAGAUCCCGUGGCAGGUAUUGGUCAUCUUGGGGGGCCGCAUGGUGGGCGGGGCGGCGCUCAUCAGCGACGAAUGGAUCCUGACAGCCGCCCACGUCCUGCAUGGUUACGGCGGCGUCUCCAAUCUGAUAGUGAAGAUGGGCAUGGUGAAACGCAAUGACCGGGAGGCGGUGCAGGGCCUGCCCGCGGAGGUCUUCAUCCAUCCGGACUAUCACCACGAUGGGGUCAACUUCAACAAUGACAUUGCCCUGAUCAAGCUGGAGAAGAGGGUGGCUAUCAAUGACAUGGUCAUGCCCAUUUGUCUGCCGGGCAGAGAUGAGAGAUACACUCUGAAAACAGACGACAUGGGUAGGGUGUCAGGGUGGGGUGUGUCACAUCGCAACAGCUUAAACCUCCAGUACACUGACCUACCCGUGGUUGACCAUGGGACUUGUAAAGCUAUAUAUGAUGGCAUUAAGGAUAAAAAACUAACGGUGACUGAGAACAUGAUCUGUGCCGGCCUAGCCGAGGGUGGUAGGGAUGCCUGUCAGGGUGACAGCGGAGGAUCUUUGGUGUUCCAGGACAGCAACACCAAGAGCUGGUUUGUGGGUGGCAUCGUCUCGUGGGGUUAUUACUGUGCUGAGCCUGGCUACUAUGGAGUCUACACGAAAGUUAACAACUACCUCUCCUGGAUAGAGGACACCAUGGCUAAGAACAUUUAAACAUUACCUAUAUGUUUCAUGCAUGUUUUAUGAUAGAAAAGGGACUUGCAACAUUGGAACAUACAGUAGAAGUAUUUUCUACUUCCCAUUACUACCCUACUGGGGUUUAAAUACUGCUUUGGACUAUGGUACUCCAUAAGAGCUUGUCUGUGAUUACUUUACAUGCAAGUGGAUUAAGUCGCAGAACCCACAUUGAGAAACAAUCAUUUCUGCUGAGAACUUAAGCACAACCAAAGAGCCACUUGUUGCUCUUCGAAUGCGUUGAUGCGAACAGGCGGGGUUAAUGUAGAGGGGCUGUUUAAAAGUCAAAUGAGCCACAGCGUAGUCUCCAGGCUCCUGAUCCGUGAUGUGCGGUCAUUUACCCCUCAUGCAUAAUGGAACUGAUAUCGGCACCACCACGGCCUCCUUCUAUCUAAAAACCAGUUAAAGGUUUCUCCUCUCAUGUAAUUGCCUCUCCACUGUCAUUUUAGACCUGCAGUCUCCCAGCGAUCUCCAGUCCCAACUAACACUCAUGUGUCCCAUCAAAAAUCCUCAUGCUACGUUCACUCUUAGAAAUGUUUUCACCUUGUCUUCAUAAACAUGCAGUAAUCACAUCAA